AUGGGUCUCCUCUCAAAGCUGACCCCUUUCAAGAAAGAUCGCCAGAAUUUCCCGGGAGUGGUGAUACCACUGGCCGAUGCUCCUGCCCACAAAUCUACAAACACGGAUGAAAAGGCCCGCAAGUCUUUGGACCGUGCGCCUUCCUCCGAGAAUGGCUCUGCUGGGUCGCUCGGUGAAUCGAGCCACUUGACUCUCGAGGCUCUUCGUGCGGAGGUGGAGUCUGAUAUCUCCACUUCCGGCCGUGAUUCGUUAUAUGAUCGUAAAGCAAAGGUGAUCAAUCGCGCCCUCCAGGAUAUUGGCAUGGGCCGAUAUCAAUGGGAGUUGUUCUUCCUAUGUGGUUUCGGCUGGACCGCUGAUAAUCUCUGGCUUCAGGGAGUUGCUCUAACAUUGACACCUCUAUCAUAUGAGUUCGGUAUCUCCGAGUCGCAUGUCCGAUUCACAACUUGCGCGCUGUUCUUGGGUCUGUGCAUCGGUGCCUCUUUCUGGGGUAUCGCAUCCGACAUCAUCGGUCGUCGAUGGGCAUUCAACACGACCUUGUUCCUUGCUGGUACCUUUGGCCUUGCUGCGGGUGGUGGUCCCACCUGGAUUGGUGUUUGUGCUUUGUACUCCUGCCUUGGUCUUGGUGUUGGUGGAAAUCUGCCGGUUGAUGGCGCUCUCUUCCUCGAGUUCCUGCCCUUCGCCUCCGGUAAUAUGUUGACCAUGUUGAGUGUUUGGUGGCCUAUCGGUCAACUGAUUGGCAGUCUGUUCGCCUGGGCAUACAUUCCCACCUUCAGCUGCUCUAGCAUGGAAGGCUGUACCAAGGGCCAGAACUGGGGCUGGCGCUAUCUGGUCCUCACCCUGGGUGCUCUCACUUUCUGCAUGUUCGUCGCGCGAUUCUUCUUCUUCCAUCUGUACGAGUCGCCCAAGUUCCUGCUAUCCCGCGGCCGCCAGGAAGAGGCCGUUGCAUCGGUCCACGGGAUCGCAUACAAGAACAAGACCAAGACGUGGUUGACCAACGAGAUCCUCAACGAGAUCGGUGGCUAUGCUGAGACCAAAGAGGAAGAGAAGCUCACCCACACCCAGAUCGUAAAGCGCUUCUUCUCCAAGUUCUCCAUGCAGCGUAUCGGUCCUCUCUUCGCGACGAAGCGCUUGGGUUUCAGCACCUAUCUCUCCAAAUCGGGCGGUACCACCAACUCAAACUACAUCACCUACCGCAACUACGCGAUUACUUCGAUCGUCGGCGUCCCCGGCUCAAUACUGGCCUGCUACACCGUUGAAAUCAAGUAUAUCGGCCGCAAGGGAACCAUGGCCAUCGCCACCAUGAUCACUGGCGUGUUGCUGUUCUGCUUCACUGCCUCCUCCAACUCCAAUGUCCAGCUUGCCUGCACUUGUCUGGAGGCUUUCUUCCAGAAUAUCAUGUACGGAGUGCUGUACGCUUACACCCCCGAGGUCUUCCCGGCCCCGGUCCGUGGUACUGCGACUGGUAUCUGCAGCUGCCUGAACCGUAUUGCUGGUCUGUGUGCUCCGCUGGUGGCUAUCUAUGCUGGUGGUAGUAGCCCUGAUGCGCCGAUCUAUGCUUCCGGUGGACUGAUUCUUGCUGCAUUUAUCGCGAUGACAUUACUCCCGAUUGAGACUCGGGGUAAGCAGACUCUGUAA